GGCAGCCCCCUCCAAAGCGGCGGUUUACCGAAGGCGGUUCCUUUGGUGUCAGUGGUAGCUUGAAUCCGUGGCGAACCGCGAUCGAUACUAGGCCGGUGCAGUCUCAGCAGGAGUGGGACCCUGAGGCUUGAGAAACAGGCUUUUCUUUGGUCCGGGACUCCCCGGCGUUCAGCGCUUCCCCCCAUAACCGGACACCGAUUAUUCGGACUCUUUGCCUCAGACCCAGGAGUCAUAGAUGCCAGGAAGUAUGGCCCCCAUCAAGAAGCUUCGAAAUACCACAGAGUUGCCCCUGGCUUUAAACCCCCUGAAGAGCAAGGACGUGUUGGCAGUGCUGGCUGAGAGGAACCAGGCUAUAGUACCCGUUGGGGCAUGGGUGGAGCCUGCCCCGCCAGAUAGUUCAGCAGUCCCGGCAUCUACUUCAGCAUAUAUGAUUGAAGAAGAGCUAAGGGAACAGCUAAGAAAGAAACAAGAAGCUCUGAAGCGUUUUCAGAGACAAGUCAAACGCCGAGUAAAUCAGCAAAUGAGGCUGAGAAAAAAGCAACAACUUCAGAGGUCUUAUGAAGCCGCAGAAAAAGAAGGCUCUAUAGCCAUGCACUCUUCAGAUCCAGCAAACUUAACUCUUAAAAGAACGAGUGUUUUUCCAAACCAUUUGAAUGCUGCUAUUGGAAGUGCUAGGUUACCUCCUUCCAGGAAGCUUGAGGAUGGAAUAGAAGAUAGAGAGAAUCAGAAUGAACUAUUCCAACAACAAGCCCAGGCUCUUAGUCAAACCAUGAAAGAAGCACGUCACCGGCUGGCAUCAUUUAAAACUGUGAAUAAAAAAAAUGCAUCGGUAUUUCCAGAUGAUCAAAAGAAAAACUUUCCCACCCAAGAGAAAGCACUUUGUAGGAAACCAUCAUUCACCAGGAUAAAUAUAGGGAUAAGAGGAGAAAUGCCCUUUGAGGUCCAUCAAGGUCUUUUAACUCUUGUAGAUUACCAGAAAUUUAUGGAAGAUCAGGAACCUGACACUGAGGAAUCUUCAUCUAUUAUGAUAGAUAAGAAAGGGAAAAAGAAUUUGUCUUGGGGAGACCAGCAGGAUCUCCUUUUUGAAGACAAGGAUAUACCUUUCAGCACAGUUCAGAAAGUACAAUUCAAAAAUCCAUUAUUUGCUGUGAUGGAAGAGGAAGAGGUAAAGCAGUUACAUCAGGAUGUUCUGCCAGAAGCCCAGGAUUAUCUUCCAGAAGCCCCAGGUGACCUGCUGCAAACCCAGGGUGAUUUGACAGGCGUCUGCAGUGUUGAGCUGGAAGCCCAGGGUGUCGAGCUGAGGCUCGGUACCCAGGAUAUCAAGCUGGAAGGCCAAGCUGUUGAGCCUAAAGCCCAGGCUGUUAAGACCAAAACUCAGAGUGUUAUGCUGAAAGAUCAGAGUGUUGAACUAGAAGAUGGGAAUAUUGUUUUGGAAGUCCAAGAUUUUCUACUUCAAAACCAGGCUUUUCUACCCACAGACCAGCAUAUUCUUCCCAAAGACCAGAAUGUUCUACCCAAAUGCCAGGACCAGGAUUUUCUACCCACAGACCAGAAAGCAAAUUUGAAGCCGCCAGCAUCAGUUUUGAUAGGUAGGAGUCGGGGAGAGGUGUCUCCUCUGGAUGUCCAUCAAGAUCUUCUACACAGGCAUCAAGAUCAGGCCUUCAUCAACGGCAAGAAGGUACGCUUCAAGGAGUCAUAUUGUGAUAUGACAAAUGAGAAAGGGAAAGAAGACUUUUCUCUGGCAGGUUAUCAGUAUCUCCCUCCUAAACGUCAGGACCAGGCCUUCAUCAGAGAUCAGGUAGAGCACAAUCAGCAAGACAGAGAGGAAAUAAAGCAACUGGAUUUCAUACAUUUUCAACAACUGAACAAGCGUAUCAAGCAGCCCUCAUCUUUUGAGAAAUGGGAGAUUGAAAGACGAGUUGCUUCUGAAGUGCCAUCGCACAGGAACUGUGGGCAGGCCUCACAUAAUAUGACAGAUGAGAGAUGGAGAAAGGAGUUAUUUCUGGAGCACCAUGAAUAUGUUUUACAUGAAAUCCAGGAUCCAGGCUCCACCAGAGAGCAGAGCUUACGCUCCAUACGGCAACCAUCUGCUGGAACAGCUGAAAGAUGGCAAGCAGGUUUGCUUCCGGCAGGCCGUCAGCAUCUUCCACCCAAGCACCAGAGAGAGGCUCCCAGCAGCAGACAGGUUGGUGGUGAAUAUCAAUCAGGAUUGAACACUGAAUUCCAAACUCCACUGGCACUUCAGUCAGGAGUAAGUCAAGAGGAAGACAAGAAAGAGCGUCAAAAGCAGUACCUGAGAUAUAGACGACUUUUCAUGGAUAUUGAAAGAGAACAAGUGAAAGAACAACAGAGGCAAAAAGAACAAAGGAAGAAAAUUGAAAAAAUUAAGAAAAAGAAAGAGCAGCAACGUUAUGCUGAAGAGCAGAGGAUAUUAAGAAUGAACUUUCAUGAAGAGCCAUAUUCAGGGGAGAAGAUGAGUGAGAUACUAGCCCAGCUACAACUUGAGGAAGGAGCCAGAGAAAAACAGCAGAAAGAAAAGGAACACCAAAGAUAUGUAGAAGCUUUAAGAGCCCAGAUCCAGGAGAAAAUGCAGCUGUAUAAUAUUGCUUUACCUCCACUAUGCUGCUGUGGUCCUGAUUUUUGGGAUGCUCAUCCUGAUACCUGUGCCAACAAUUGUAUUUUCUAUAAAAACCACAAAGCAUAUACCCGGGCACUACAUUCAGUCAUCAAUUCCUGUGAUAUCCCUGAAGGGAACUCAACUCUUCGAGUCGCCAUUCAUAAUUUUGCUUCUGCACACAGACGGACUUUGAAAAAUCUGUAAUAAGAAUCUGAAAUCAACUGUUAGUAUUUCAACCUUCACUUAAAGUCAACCCUGAGAGAUUAUUUACGAAAAGCUGUUAAAGUUUAUAAGAUGUGUAAUCUGAAAAGAAAGACUGUCCCACAUAAUAACAGCUAUCACUAUAAUUAGAUCAUGACCAUUGUUUCACUCUGUGCUUGGCACCAAGAUUGAAAGUUGGCUUCCAAACUUGUCUCUUUGCUGUAAACCACAUGGACCACGUUGCUUUAAAAAUGAUCAGUCACACUGGUAAGGUUUCUCUCACUUUGCUCCGCUCUGAUCAGAAGAGAUUAUUAGAAAUCUUUGAGAUUAUCUCAUUUAUUGUCCUUCUAUAUCUGUACUUUGAGUCUUGACAAAAUUGAAAAUGUCUGGAUGAAGCAAAAGAGAAGAUGAUGAAAUGAGUUUCUGAGCCUCAGUGGCCAUCUGUUUUGCUGUUAACUUUUCUAGUUGUGUAUAACAAUUAGAGAUGAGAACAAUCUGAAUUUGAUGUAUGUUUUCUUUUCUCAAAAAUUUUUCUCUCCUGUUUUUUAAUUUAUUCCCUCUUUCCCCAUUCGGUGACAAUGGACAUAGGACUUCUUAAUUUUAUAAUUUUUAUUGCAAAAAAGAGAAAGGCAAAUAAACUCUGUCUUUGGGGCAUCUUUUAUGUGAAAUAAUUGUGAGUGACAUUUCAAAAAGAGAAUCUGAAGUCAAAGUGAAUAAAGUUCUACCUUAUUUCCCUAUCUUUAAAAAAAUCUGGUGAAUGCCAUACCUACAGAGCAGAUGAAAUAAAAAUUGCUAUAGUUAGUAUGAAUUUGUUAUUUCUUCACAGUGUUUCUUGACACAAAAUAUGAAAAGGUUUAAUAUUGUGAAUUAAAAAUAGGUACUGACAUUUUCUUUUUCCUAUGUCUUCUAAUGGUCAGUGUUAAAAAAGCACUUAGGUUAUGUCUCAAAAAACACCUAAAUCUCUAGCCAGGUCAUUGCAAAUAAGAGUCAGAAUUACCCAUGUGACAAGAUUGACUGGUUAUUUAACCAGAUUAAUUAUUCAGUUCAGUCAAAAUCCUUAUGUAACUAUAUCCUUGAUUUAGCCUUUCUGAGUUGUAUUUUUUAACAGCUUCACUGAGAUAUAAUUCACAGACCAUUUGAUUCACCCACUUGAAAUGUACAAUUCAGUGGUUUUUAGUAUAUUCUAGGGUUGUACAACCGUCACCACUAACAAAUUUUAGAACACUUUUGUCACUCUAAAGAGAUGCCCCUGUGAUCCAGCAAACCAAAAUAAUUGAAAGCAGGACCUUCAACAGAUAUCUGCACACCCAUGUUCAUAAUGGCAUU